GUCUCGGUACUUCACGCGACCACCCUCGCUCAUCAAUCAAAUGCGCAAAAGAGCAAAGCAACAUCGGAGCCGCUGAUCACUGCUAAGGCGACGCACCCGUUCUUAGCGCUAGAAAGUGCGCCUUUAAAUAUUUCAUUUUGUUAGCCUUUCCCCAUCACCCCCCUCCGCACAAUCCUUCCCUUCCCUGUGAACAACCGCAGUCGAGCCUACGUACGCCAGAGUGUGCUGCUGAAGGGAGGAGGAGGGGGGUGGUGGUGGUGAAUAGCGUAGACACAGGGACGUGUCUGCCGUGCCCGUCGUUCACCACGCACGAAGAUGCUCGGAGCGACGCGCCCCGUGGCUCUUCUCGCCGCCGCCGCCGGCCUCCUGUGCCUCGCCUUGGCCGGGAACGGCGCCUGGGCCGCGUGCCCGGCGCUCUGCACCUGCACGGGCACCACCGUGGACUGCCAGAACCUGGGAUUCCGCGCCGUGCCAAAAGGCAUCCCUCGCAACGCCGAGAGAAUCGACCUCAAUGGGAAUAACAUCACGCGCAUCAGCAAGGCGGACUUCGGAGGGCUGCGCCAACUACGCGUUCUGCAACUGAUGGAAAAUCACAUCGUCGCGAUUGAACGCGGCGCCUUCCAGGACCUGAAGGAGCUCGAGCGACUGCGCUUGAACAGGAACCGCCUCCCUCUCCUCCCCGAGCUGCUCUUCCUGGGGACGCCGAAACUCGCCCGACUGGACCUCAGCGAAAACCUGAUCCAGGCCAUCCCCAGGAAGGCGUUCCGUGGCGUGACGGACAUCAAAAAUCUGCAACUUGACAACAAUCGCAUCUCGUGCAUCGAGGAUGGGGCCUUCCGUGCUCUGCGUGACCUGGAAGUCUUCACGCUUAAUAACAAUAACAUUACUUCAUUGUCGGUGGCGAGCUUCAACCACAUGCCCAAGCUAAGGACAUUCCGACUGCACUCGAACAGCCUCCAGUGCGACUGCCACCUGGCCUGGCUGUCCGACUGGCUCAGGCAACGCCCGAGGAUCGGCCUCUUCACUCAGUGCGCCAGCCCCGCCAACCUGCGUGGCCUCAACGUGGCGGAGGUUCAGCGCAAGGAGUUUGUGUGCUCAGACGAUGACGAAGGUCACUCGGACGUGUCCAGGACGCAGACGUGCAGCGUGGCCUCCAGCUCGUGCCCCCUGCCCUGCACGUGCGCCAACAACAUCGUGGACUGCCGCGGGAAGGGCCUCACGGCCGUGCCUGCCAACCUGCCUGAGGCCAUCACCGAGAUACGACUGGAACAAAACGGCAUUAAGUCCGUUCCCCCCGGUGCUUUCUCAUCGUACAAGAAGCUCCGUCGAAUUGAUCUGAGCAACAAUCAGAUUUCCGAGAUUGCUCCGGAUGCGUUCCAGGGCCUGCGGACCCUCAACUCGCUGGUUUUGUACGGGAAUAAAAUCACCGAGCUGCCCAAAGGGCUCUUUGAUGGCCUCUAUUCGCUCCAGCUACUGCUGCUCAACGCCAACAAAAUAAACUGCGUCCGAGCGGACGCGUUCCAGGACCUGCAGAACCUCAACCUGCUCUCGCUCUACGACAACAAGAUCCAGACGAUGGCCAAGGGCACCUUCAGCCCCCUGCGCUCCAUCCAGACGCUGCACCUGGCGCAGAACCCGUUCAUCUGCGACUGCCACCUCAAGUGGCUGGCCGACUACCUCCACGCCAACCCGAUCGAGACGAGCGGAGCCCGCUGCGCCAGCCCGCGCCGACUCGCCAACAAGCGCAUCGGCCAGAUCAAGAGCAAGAAGUUCCGCUGCUCGGCCAAGGAGCAGUACUCUCUACCAGGAGCCGAAGACCACCGCUCGAAGCUGGGUGGCGAGUGCUUCGUCGACUCGCUGUGCCCCGAGCGCUGCCGCUGCGAGGGUACCAUCGUCGACUGCUCCAGCCAGCGCCUCUCCCGCAUCCCGGAGCACCUGCCGCAGUACACCACCGAGCUGCGACUGAACAACAAUGACAUCACGGUGUUGGAAGCAACGGGGAUUUUCAAGAAGCUCACACAGUUGCGGAAAAUUAACCUGAGCAACAACAAGAUCGCCGAAGUGGAGGAGGGGGCGUUUGAAGGCGCCGGCUCGGUGGGAGAGCUCCUGCUGACGGGAAACCAGCUGGAGAGUGUGCACGGAGCCAUGUUUCGGGGCCUGGAGGGCCUCAAAACACUGAUGCUGCGCAGCAACAAGCUGACGUGCGUGGGCAACGGCACCUUCGCAGGCCUCGGCUCGGUGCGGCUGCUGUCGCUCUACGACAACCAGAUCGGCAGCAUCACUCCCGGAGCCUUCGCUACCGUGCACUCGCUCUCCACGCUGAAUCUGCUGGCGAACCCCUUCAACUGUAACUGCCACCUGGCGUGGCUGGGCGAGUGGCUGCGCAAGCGGAGGAUCGUGACGGGGAACCCGCGGUGCCAGAAGCCGUCGUUCCUGCGUGAGAUCCCUGUCCAGGACGUGGCCGCGCAGGACUUCUCGUGCGACGACGGCAACGAUGAGAACGCCUGCACGCCGCCGCCACGCUGCCCUGCCGAGUGCACGUGCCUGGACACGGUGGUGCGCUGCAGCAACAAGGGCCUCAAGGGGCUGCCCAAGGGCCUACCCCGAGACGUCACCGAGCUCUACCUGGACGGAAACCAGUUAACCAUGGUUCCCCCAGAGCUGUCCAACUACAAGCACCUUUCGUUCAUUGACCUGAGCAACAACCACAUCAGCACCAUCGCAAACUUCACCUUCAGCAACAUCACCCAGCUCUCCACACUGAUUCUGAGCUACAAUCGUCUAAGGUGUCUUCCUCUGCGGGCGUUCGCUGGCCUCAAGACCCUGCGCCUCCUGUCACUUCACGGAAACGACGUCUCCAUGAUUCCCCACGGCGUUUUCAGCGACCUGACGUCUCUCUCCCAUCUAGCGCUGGGAUCAAACCCGCUGCACUGCGACUGCGCCAUGCGCUGGCUCUCCGACUGGGUCAAGGUGGACUACAAGGAGCCGGGCAUCGCGCGCUGCUCGGGGCCUGGGGACAUGGCCGAGAAGCUGCUGCUCACCACCCCCUCCAAGAAGUUCGAGUGUGUCGGUCCGCCUGACGUCAGCAUCCAGGCCAAGUGCAACCCGUGCCUGUCGCAGCCAUGCCUCAACCACGGCGUGUGCAGCAGCGACCCCGUCGACUUCUACCGCUGCACCUGCUCCUACGGGUUCAAGGGUCAGGACUGCGGAACGCCGAUCAACGCCUGCGUGAGCUCGCCGUGCCAGAACGCGGGCACGUGCCACGUGCGCGAGGACGGUGACGACUCCGGAUUCCAGUGCGAGUGCCCCAAGGGCUUCGAUGGAAAAGUUUGCCAGGUGAAUAUCGACGACUGCGAGGACAACGACUGUGAGAACAACGCCACCUGCGUGGACGGCAUCAACAACUACACCUGCCUGUGUCCGCACGAGUACACAGGGGAAUUGUGCGAGGAGAAGAUAAACCUGUGCUCCGAGGAGCUGAACCCAUGCCGCCACAACUCCAAGUGCAUCCUCACUUCCGACGGGCCCAGGUGCGAGUGCGCCGCCGGGUUCGUGGGCGAGGACUGCGCCGUCGACUACGACGACUGCCAGGAGCACAAGUGCCAGAACGGCGCGCGCUGCGUGGACGCGGUCGACGGCUACUCCUGCGUGUGCCCGGACGGGUUCAGCGGGCCGCUGUGCGAGGUUCCACCUCCCAUGGUGUACCUGCAGACGAGCGCGUGCCAGUACCACGACUGCCAGAACGGUGGGCAGUGCGUGGAGGCGGGCGGCGAGCCCGAGUGCCAGUGCCUGCAGGGCUUUGUGGGGCCGCGCUGCGACAAGUUGACGAGCGUCAACUUCGUGCAGCGCGACUCGUACCUCCAGCUGCCGCCCCUCAAGGGGCAGCCCAAGGCCAACAUUACCCUGCAGGUGGCGACGGACGAGGAUAAUGGGAUGCUUCUGUACAAUGGCGUGAGCGAGCGCAUCGCCGUGGAGAUCUACCGCGGCCGCGUGCGCCUCAGCUACGACACGGGCAGCUACCCCAACCCCACCAUCUACAGCCUGGAGACGAUAAACGACGGGGAGUUCCACACCGUGGAGAUCGUCACGCUGGAACAGAUGGUGAACCUGUCCAUCGACGGAGGCUCCCCCAAAACCAUGAUCAAACUGGGCAAGCCAGCCUCCCUCACCCUGGAGUCGCCCCUGUACAUCGGUGGCAUGCCCACGGACGUGAACAGCGCGGCGCUCAAGCAGAUGCACGACCGCAACGGCAUGGGCUUCCACGGCUGCAUCCGCGACCUCUACAUCAACGACGAGCUGCAGGACCUGCGCGCCCCAGGCCGCCCGCCCGCCGGCAUCCUGCCCGGCUGCGCCCCGUGCCGCCAGCAGGGCGCGUGCGCCCACGGCGCCUGCCGCGCCGCCGGCCCCUCGGGGCACACGUGCGAGUGCGAGGCCGGGUGGACGGGCGCCCAGUGCGACCAGCGCUCCGGCGACCCCUGCCAGGCCAACAAGUGCGUGCACGGUGCGUGCGUCGCGCUCGACGCGUUCUCCUACAGCUGCCGCUGCGCCGACGGCUUCGUGGGCACGCUGUGCGACGAGGAGCAGCGCGAGCUCUUCAAUCCGUGCCGCGGCGUACGCUGCAAGCACGGCACGUGUCGCAUCUCGGGUGCCGGCAAGCCGUUCUGCGAGUGCAGCCCCGGCUACACCGGGGACAACUGUGACAGGGAAGUGUCGUGCCGCGGCGAGCGCGUGCUGGGCAGGCUGCAGAAGCAGCGUGGCUACGCCGCGUGCCAGAGCGUGCAGGAGGUGUCGCGCGUCGACUGCAAGGGCAGCUGCGAGGGCACGGGCGGAGGCGGUGGUGGUGGCGGUGGCGGCGGUCAGUGCUGCGCGGCGCUACGCACGAAGCGCCGCCGCUACGCCUUCGAGUGCACCGACGGCUCCUCCUUUUUCGAGGAGGUGGAGAAGGUGGUUAAGUGCGGCUGUGGGCGCUGCCACCCAUAAAAAAGAUGGGGCUGAUGGCUCCGCGCAGUUCCUCUACCCCCCCCACCCACCCACCCCACAAUCGUGCGUAAACGAGCGAUUGCACAUUUAUACCCCACCACCGCACCGACCGACCGACCUGUUAAUUCUCUUAUUCCAUUCGCCUUCGAGAGGUGAGUCUAGGCGCCUUCAAAGCGACGCCCAGCAACAAUGCAAGGACAAACGAGUACUAGGACUUAUUGCACAGAACAACAUGCGGAGUUGUUUCGUGAUGAAUGCCAGCGCGGGGGGGCGGUCGUGGCUCUCCAGCAGUGCCUGCGUAGAACUUGCAGGGCUCCGUACAAAAAAGAACACAGGGAUGUAAGCGGCAGCAGGUGGAUCUGUAGCGCAGUCGGAGUGCACGCCGUAAGUCGGUUCGUGUGUGAAUGGGAGAACCUUUAAAGGAGGGUGCAGGAGGCCCAGUUUCUAACAAGCACACUUUCGUACGACUUGAGAUGAGGAGGAACACAUUUAAAAAGGUGUUCACGGUAGAACUACAGUCGUUAUGAAACACGGGGUGCACGUUCACGUACCGUAUAUGCGUCCUGUACAUUUAUUCCUCGGUGAUAUUUUUUUAUUAUUCCACAGCUCAAUCAGAAUCACAUUUCUCUUAGCCGAACGGUUGUUGUUUUUUUUAGCUUCAACGUGGUUCAAUAGGUGGGGGGGAGAGAACCUUCCAAUCACAACAUGGGGGGGGGGGGCGCACACAGUCUUGCCUUGAAGUCGCCGCCACGUCGCUUCGCGGAAGCAGUUUGAGGCUCUGCCGAAAUUGAGGAUCCGCUCGCCUCUCCGCAUCAAAUCCCCGUCCGCCAGAAGCUUCCCCUUCUUCCCUCCCGACCCCACCACCCACUUCAGCGCCUGCGCGCGGCUACCGACGGGCAGGACAACGUCCCAUGCGCGAGACAUCACCGCCACCUCCACCCCCGUGACCUAUCUGACCGCUCCACGGAUUUACGAAGAGAAAAGCCAAUGAGGAAAGCCGCCUCACAGACUUCUUAAAAAAACUGAUCUUAUAACAGAGGAAUCAUAAUGAUAAUGAUACAUUAGACAAUGGAGUUUGGUUUUUCUUUUCCCACUCCUUUACUGUUUGUCUGCACCGCUAUCCGUAGAAGACUUCAAGACUCUUCGUUCCUGCAACGAGUCGUCAACUCCGGAUGUUAGAGUUCAGCUUGAAGUGGGGCGGGGGGGGGAAAGGGAGGCAUUACGAGUGAAGAAGUGUGAGGUGACUUCAGAAGAAACGGCCUCGGUAACCUCUCGCUUUCGCCUGUUUCGUCUUGAGUUUUACGACUUUCCACCAGGUGGUUUGUGGGGGAUUUUGUAAUGACUUAAAUUGUGAGUGCAAACAUCGGAGCGUUUAAACAGACCGUCUGAACGACACGUAACUGCUGUCUGUAGAUUUGACCCGAAAUAGUGAAAAACUGUUUUAACCUGUGUAAAUCAAAUGUUUCUGUAACUUUUUUUUACUGAAAUAGGUUUUUUUUUUUGGUGUGUGUGCAGUGCGGUAUUGACUCUCCAGUAUUUGUUUGGAUUUGGUUUGGAAAAAAAAAACAGAUGCGUACUUUUAAUCAACAGGUGCGUCGGAUACCCAACGAGAAACCCCAACCCGCCGCCCUUUUGCCAAUAAUCUUGCAGAUUUAACGACUCUCGCCAAACUUCAUUUGGUUCCUGUCGCCAGCGUGUACUUUUGCUCAAUUCAAAUGCAUUCGUUGUUGUUUAUUUGAUUAAUAGUGAUAACAAAAAAACUCUAGAAGACACGCACUAAUGCAGUCGUUUGCAAAUGUAUCGCAUUUGGAUAUACCGCUUGAGCUAACACCAUUAACGGCUUCUGUCUGGCAGAGAGAGAAAAAAAGAAAAGGCUUGAAACGUUUAAUAUAUUAUUUAUAAUUUGUUUCUGUAUUUUUGUAUAGCAGAAUUGUAACAGGAUAAGGCUAUCGAUAAAGGUAUAAUAGUACUAACAACUUAAACAAUUUACGUAUUAUUAAAUGUCUUUUUUUUGUCUAAUUAGCCCAACAGACUUAGUUUUCCUUUUUUAAAUUUUAACGUCACUGGGCGCGAGGCAUCACGAGGUGGACAAAUUUGGACCAAAACAAACCCGAAAUAAUGAAAGAAGAUCCGAACAUUUAUUAAACCAAGCACAGAAUUUUCAUUUCUUUCAACCCCGACGUAAAAAUCGAGCUGUUUAAGUGAACGCAAGUGGUCGAUUCUAUACACAAGCGCAGAACGCUUCUGAGAAUUGGGGGCCAACGAACGCCUCUGAAAUUAGCAGGGUUUGUGAUUUAUCAGGGUAAAGGAUCGCAAAUAACAACCCCAUUCAGCACUUGAUUUUACUGUGGCCAAGUCCACUUUACCCACGACAACCCAUGGGAAUAUUCACGAAAAUUAUAAGGGUGCUCUGGAAGUGCAGCUUAACGAACCAUGGUCAAAAUAGAUAUACGUUAUUUAAUGAAUGAAUGAAUGUCAUAGGACCUUCAGCGAUGAAGUUAGGAGAAAACCCCCAAUUAAGCUUCCCAGCACCUUGUGCUUUGAGAGGAGAGACACAAGAAGCACCCAGUGUUGUAGCCGUCCAGAGUAACGACUGCUAUAGGAAAUGUUCCAAUGCAUUUGGCAUAUUGUCCGGGUAGGGGAAUUCAAAAGGUAAAGGUGCACCCCUACAGUUGCUUGCUCAUGCCGCUGCUGAUGAGGCGGAAAGGACCUCAACUAGCCGGAACUCCAUAUAGCUCCUCCAGAUGGUAUUUUGACCUAACUCUUCCACGCUGGGCGAAUUAUCAGGGUGAAAAUUAACCAGGGGAAGGUAUGUGCUCUCUGUCCCAUACAGUAUAUACAUGCAUACAUCGAUGGCCACGUUUUCUUUUUGUUCCAGUAGAAGGAAGAACGGUGGUAUAAAAUGUCAUCGUGGGAAUUGAGACGUCCCAAGAAAGCUGGCCGAGUAUGGAUAUGUGCACUUUGUUCUGCUGCCACUGACGAAGGUGCCCGUGCCACGUGUGGGAGUGACGUGCAGAGCCACCAUAGGCAACAACAUCUCAAGCAACUCCAGUUGGCGCGAUUAGGUUACAUUCAUAUUAUAAACAAUAACGACAAAUACAUAUACAUUGGGAUCCAGAUUCCCAUGUUGACAAAUGUACAUUUUUCCAGAUUUUCUAAAACAAGUACCUAAGCCUCAAUUACCAAUGAGGCAAAUUGCCAAAGCAAUGCGUUUUGGCCUGUUCAUGAAGAGAGGGAUUUGGCCGACUAACUUAAGAUUCAAAAUAUGCCAAGACAUCUUACUAAAACGGUGGUUUUAGAAUUUUUAGAGACCCGUAUUGGACCCAACAAUUGUGGACCCCAGCCAUUGCAUACGAGCGUACAACGCAAACAACAUACACAUCAACAGACAUACAAUAAAAUGCAUAUGCUAACAACAUUAUUCCAUGUCCCUGUACAUACAGUGUAAAUACAUUGUGUGUACAAUUCAUGCCUCUGAUGGCUGCUACGCUGCUACAUCGCGAAUUUAACACUUUCACAUACAUAAUUUGUGGCAGAGAAAAAAAUCCAAUUAUCUGUGAUGUUAAUGCGACAUUUGGAGUCAGAAGAAACACCCACAGAAUUUGUUUGAGAAAAAAGAAAAUAAAUAUCAUUUCAUACCUGUCAUAUAAUUCACAGCAGUCGGUCCACCACAGUGAACACGAUGCAUGAGAGGAGUUAAAAAAAAUGUUUAACCUAAAAAUCGACUCGGCAAAAUGCAUUCCCCUGCCACCUAAGACUUUGUGGGUCCCACGGGACACCCCUGCCGCCUACACGCCACGUGGGCCACAUGUGACCGUACAUUUUGCCGAUUGAUAAAUGUGCCCGCCCGCGUGGCUUCCACUGGUUUUGAGUGGCUCUGACGGUGGCUCGAUGCACGUCUGCCCGCUGUGUUAACAACUUUGCCCGUGCUGUGCUUUCAAGCCAGAUCAGUGGAAGUCAUUUAGAGCUGUUAUAGGCUGGGUGGGUAGCAGAGCGAUGGGGAGAGGAGGGGGGGCUAAAAUAAUAAAUAAAUACGUACACACACAUUCUAAAAACCUGGCCUCAAUAAGUUGCUGCGGUUUCUAAACCAGAAAUUGCGCCGUUUAGAUCUCACUGAAAGUAACACAUGAUGUAGUGUGUAAUGUAUACCGACGUGGAGUUGUAUGAUAGCGGUUGUUAUGCGUUAUUUUUCUCUUUUUUUCUACAUAAUUACAAUGCUAUAUUAAAAAAAAGAACAAACUAUAUAAAAUGUAAUAUUAACAAUACUGUAUAGCAACAAAUGCUUGUUUUCUUGGGGGAUUAGUUGUAACAAUCUGGAAGGCGAACGUCGGUUGGUUUAAUUUGAGCGCAUCUGGAGUGAUCACAAGUUUGUGUCUGUCGCUUGCGAUGUAAAAUUGUAUUCAAUGUACCCAGCGGUUGUUUCAAGUCUUCUUUAAUAAAAAUGUACACAAUAAAAU